AUGCCAAGGCAAACACGAAACUCGAAGUCGACAGCGGCGGACGUAGCAGCCGCCAACGGCGCUGCAGGCGGCCAGACCGAGUCGCUCCUGCAAAGAGCAAAUCAAGCGGACGAGAAUGUCUUCCUCUUCGUGCCCAACUUGAUAGGAUACGCGCGUGUCGUGCUCGCGGCCCUGUCGCUCUACUUUAUGAAAGGCAACCCCAAGGUCUGCACUCUCCUCUACGGUGUAUCGUGUCUUCUCGAUGCGUUUGACGGCAUGGCUGCAAGAGCAUUGGGACAAUCGACAAAAUUCGGAGCGGUUCUCGACAUGGUCACCGAUCGCUGCACCACCGCAUGCUUGCUGUGCUUCUUGACCGCCGCCUACCCUCGAUGCGCCGUCAUCUUCCAAGGCCUGAUCACGCUCGACUUCAGCUCGCACUACAUCCACAUGUACAGCUCGCUCGUCACCGGAUCGGCAUCCCACAAGAUCGUCACUUCGGAAACAUCCAAGAUCCUGUGGUACUACUACAACGACAGCCGGACGCUGUUCAUGUUCUGCGCGGGCAACGAGCUGUUCUUUGUCUGCCUGUAUCUGAUGGACUUCUACAAGCGACCUUUCGGAUUGGAUAUCGAGCCGCUGUUGUUCCUCUUCCCGUCGGCGUUGAAGGCAUCGCCGUGGAUUGCGUACAUCAUCAAGGAGACACCCCAGCUCAGCUGGCCGCAGAUUGUGGGCGCCAUCACUUUCCCGAUCUGCGCUGCUAAGCAGAUUAUUAACUGCGUGCAGUUCUGGAAGGCAGCCAAGGUGUUGGUGGGCAAGGAUCUGGAAGAUCGACAGAAGGCUCGCAUCAAGUCGCUGUAG